AUGUAUUCAACUGAAAAAUUAAUAGCUGCGGUCCAAAACUAUCCGUGUAUUUGGGAUAUGACCUCUAAUGAGUAUAUGAAUGAGGAUCUCAAAUUUUCAGCUUGGUUAAAAGUAGCCGAAGCAGUAUAUAAUUUGGAAUGGGAGAACCUAGGAGCUGUUGAAAAAGAAGAAAAAGCAAAAGAGUUAAAGAAUAAAAAAUGGAAAUUUGUUCGUGAUGCAUAUUUAAAGUAUGUUUCCGAAGAGAAAAAUAUUAGAAGUGGAUCGGAAGGUACAAAAAAAAAACCUAAUGCAUUCGCACAAAUUAUGUCAUUUUUAAAUACCACUACCAAUAAAAGGAAGUAA